AUGACUCUCCAUUAUCUUGAAGAACGUGGUCUUACUCAAGCAUUUUUUUCGAUAUGGUUUGAAAACAUUGAAAAAUUUAAACGUGUUCAUGAUAAGAAACUUGUUAUUGUAGCGCUUUGUUCACUAUUGGAAUUACCUUUUGAACAAUUACCACCUACAUUACAAGGUGGAUGGACGCAAGUUUUGGAUGGUAUUUUAACAGUAUUUAAAUCUUUACCUAAAGCUGAAGAGAAUCGAGAAAAUCUCGAGAAAAGUUAUGAAGAAGAUGAUAGUGAUGAUUCAGAUGAACUUGAGUCUCUUGACAAAGCAUAUGGUGAGGACGAUAGUGUAG